AUGGAGGACCGGGCGGCGAAGGCGGCUCGAGCCAGGAAACAGCUCCGGAGACACCAGGAGGCACAACGCAAGAAGCUCGAAGAACAAUCCGCGCCGAAAGGGCCGGAACUCGCCUUGUCAGCGGGGCCCCCGCCCGGACCAGCACGCCGGCCAGAGGCACAGAGGGUGGGGGCGAGCGCAGGCGCUGCGUCGGCGUACCCGGAGGACAUCCCCGACAUUUCCAAGCGCAUCGAGGCCAAGGUGCGCAGGGGGCCGAGUGCGCAGCUGCAGACCAGCGCGCCACCGCCCAACACGGCCGAGCAGUUGUUUGGGGGGCCGGGCGCAGCUGAUGCGCCGCAAGAGCUCAAGAAGGAUGAGGCAUACGAUCCAUUUGGCGCGCCAGGCGGUAGCGACCCUUUUGGCGCAUCGGGAGCGAGCGAUCCGUUCGGCGCGCCCGAGGCCAAGGAUCCUUUCGGGCCUCCGCCGGCAAUGCACAGCACGCCGGCCAAGGCGAGCGAGGUGCCCAAGGUACAGGACUCCGAAGUCUCGGCAGAGUAUGCGGAUCACUUGUUUGGCGGCGACAAGGGCAAUGGGCAGGCGCUGUUUAGCAGCGCGCCGUACGAGCCUAGUGCGCCAAAGGACGACGCACCGUCGGCAGAUGGCCUGUUUGGGCCGCCCAGUGGUGCGCACGACCCAUUUGCGCCGCCCAAGACAGAGGGUGUGAAGGAUGCACCGGAAACUUUUGCGUCGAGUGACGGUCUCUUUGCGAACGAGAGCGCCAAAGAGGAUCCGUUUGCGCCCAAGGAUGAUCCUUUUGCUCCAAAAGAAAGCGAUCAUUAUGCGCCAAAGGACGAUUUGUUUGCUUCUAAGGAGAGUGGUCCCUAUGCGCCCAAAGAUGAUCCUUUUGCGCCAAAAGAAAGUGAUCCCUAUGCGCCCAAGGACGACCUAUUUACUCCAAAAGGAAGUGAUCCUUUUGCGCCAAGAGAGAACGAUCCCUAUGCGCCAAAGGACGACCUGUUUGGUCCCAGAGACACCGACUCUACCACGCAAAAGGACGACUUGUUUGGUCCCAAGGACAAUGAUCCUUAUGCGCCCAAAGACGAUCCGUUUGCACCCAGAGAGGAUCCCUUUGCUCCCCGGGAAAAUGACCCCUAUGCACCCAAGGACGAUGCGUUUGCACCCAAAGAGGACCUCUUUUCCCUUAGGGAAAACGAGUCGUAUGCGCCCAAGGACGAUCUUUUUGCUCCGAAAGAAGACGUAUCUGCUCCCCCGGGCGAUCUGUUCGCUCCUAAGGAAAACGAUGCGUAUGCGCCCAAGGACGACUCUUUUGCUGCCAAGGAUGAUGUUUUCCCUACGAAAGAAAAUGACCCCUAUGCGCCAAAAGAUGACCCAUUUGCUCCCGGGCAAAACGAUCCCUACGCGCCGAAGUACGAUCCAUUUUCUCGGAAGGAAAAUGAUCCCUAUGCACCAAAGGACGAUCUUUUUGCGCCCAAAGAGGACCCCUUUGCUCCUCGGGAAAACGACCCCUAUACGCCCAAGGACGAUCCGUUUGCACCCAGAGAGGACCCCUUUGCUCCUCAGGAAAAUGACCCCUAUGCGCCCAAGGACGAUCCGUUUGCGCCCAAAGACAUUGUAUCUGCCCCUACGGACGAUCUGUUUACUCCAUCUGAGGGCCCCAAGGGAAGUGACACGCACAAUACCGCGGACGACUUCUUUGCGCCCAAGGAUGACGCACCCGACGCGCACAAAGAGCCCAACGAUGUGUUUGGUGCACCGGCCGAUUCCAACACUCCGAAGGAUGGCGCACACGACUCCUAUGCACCCACCGAGUACGACGGAGCAGAUGACCUCUUUGGCCCAAGCCCCUCCCAGAGUGAUCCGUUUGGCGCAAAGGAAUCGGAGCCCGAUGCACCAAAAGACGACGCCGUUGCAUCCCGGGACGAUUUCCCUGCGGACGUGUCCGAGCCCACCGACUCGCUCUUUGCGCCAGCAACCACGAGUGCGCCGCCGAAAGCAGCCGAGCCGAGCGAACCUACGCCACCAAAGGACUCUUAUGCCCCCAGCGGUGAGCAAGAUCGCUAUGCUCCCAGCGGUGAGGACGAUCGCUAUGCCCCGAGCACCGGUGAAUCGGACCGCUAUGCUCCUAGCGCCGGUGAUGCCGAUCGAUACGCACCGAGCGAGGAUGCUGAGCGCUACGCACCGAGUGCUGGUGACGCCGAUCGCUAUGCGCCGCAAGACGAGACGCCCAGCACAUCGGCUCCGCAAGGCUUCGAUGCCGCAAAGCUCUUUGAUUCAGAGGCACAGCCGGAGAAUGUGGAUGCCACGGGCGACAGUACGACGCACGACCUGUUCCCCGAGCCUACCACUCACUCGAUUCUUGAUCCGGCACGGCACGAUGAGCGAUUUGCGCUCGAAGGUAGCCCCUAUUCGGAAGAGAUGGCCGAGGCGCACCCUUCGACCUACCUGCUUGGCUCGCCGAUUGCCGAGGACCCCGAGGCAGAGAGUGCGCUGGAUGCUGACUCGCUGCAUACGGCGCGCCGCACGAUCCUUGCGCUGGAAGCAGAGCGCCGCCAGCUGAUGGAUUCGGCAAACGAUGCCGCAGCCCGGAUCGCAGCUCUCGACACGGCUGUCGCUCAAGCGCAAGAGGAGCUCGUCCAGGCACACAAGGAGCAGGCGCUGUUGGCGGACGAAGUCACCAAGCUCCAGGCCGAGGCGCAAAGGCUUCGGACGCGCUCGUCUGACACGUCGCUCCUCGCCGAGCUCGAAACGUUGCGGGCCGAAAACCGCGCGUUGCAGGCCGAGAUUGCCUCGGGCGCACAUACGAGGCAGGACGAGGAGCUGCACGAGGCCCGCGCACACAUCCGCAAGCUCGAGGCGGAGCUCACCAAAGAGGCUGCGCAAGUGCACGCUGCGCAGCGCCGUGUGCUGGAGCUGGAGCGCGAUGUGCCUACGUCGCAGGGCCGCCGCGUCGUGUCGAACCCCGUUCUGCCGAGUGGUGGCCGUCUGCAUCGCCGGAGUGCGACGGCAGCGUACGUCGCGACGCCGCGCCUCACCCCCCUUGCCGAGCAGGAGCCUGUCGCGUUUACGCCGCGUGCCCCGUCUGACGGCCCUCGGCGCCCGACGCGGUUCCGUGAAGAAAUUCCCGACGAGCAGCGCCACCGGCGGCGCGAGAGUCUGCAAAUGCUGCGCGCGCGAAUGGACGAAGAUGCCGAGGCAUCCAAGAGCCCUGCUGCGCCCAAGCUUCCGUCGAGCACCCUGUCCAUUGUCCAGGGUCCCAGCUCGACGAGCGCGGUGCAGUCUGACGGCACGUCCGCCGCCAAGAACAAGGCAAAUCAGUUUUCGCAGGAUGCCUUGCUAUUUUGCUCGUCGUGUAAAGGCGACCUCAUCAUAGUUUAG